AUGGCACCAUCAGACAACCAGGACAGCCAAGCUGCUGAGAAUUUUUACCAAGAGGAGAACCUCGAAAAGCAACCAAACCUUUCUAGCCUUCAACCUGGAGUCCAUAGGGCUGAUGUGCUUCGAAAAGCCUGGACUAAGAAAGGCUUGAUCAUUGUCUUUACAGGACUGUUUUUGUGUACAUUAGCUAUCAAUUUUGCCGAUUAUUCAACUCAGGUGUAUGCCCCAUACACGACGAGCUCCUUCAAGCAACACUCGGCUAUGAGCGCAGCCCGGGUGGUCAUGAACAUUACGCGGAUCUCUGCCUAUCCCAUCAUUGCAAAGCUGGGAGAUGUUUUCGGUAGGGCUGAAAUGUUCAUCCUGUCCAUCCUUAUGUCUGUUUUGGGUUAUGCCAUUUGGGCAGCCUGCACGAACAUCACGCAAUACAUAGUUGCCGGUAUCUUCGACGCUAUCGGAUCGACUGGAUUUGCCCUCACACAGCAAAUCUUUGUGGCGGAUAUGACCUCAUUAGUGAAUCGUGGUAUCUGGUCAACACUACCUGACUCUCUCACCACAAUUCCGACUCUUUAUCUCGGUACUAUCGUCGCUCAGCGCAUCCUCCAUCAUUCAACGUGGCGGUGGGGAUGGGGCAUGUGGGCAAUUGUGUUGCCUGUUGCGUCACUGCCAUUGAUCGGUACCAUGCUGUUUUACCAACGUCGGGCACCAUCUCCAGUAUCCGUGUCUGAAACAUUAGGCUGGGAAACAAGGGAUGCCUGGUGGAAGAAGGUGUACCGAUUGUUCUGGACUGAGCUUGACUUGCCAGGCGCUGUUCUCCUUGUGGCUGGGUUAUCUCUCCUAUUGGUUCCUUUGUCCUUGACGGGCUCCAAUAACAGUGGCGCGUGGACCAAUGGGUCAUUUAUCGCCAUGGUGGUCCUUGGCGUGGCCUUCAUAAUAGCGUUUCUAGGUUGGGACACAUGGUUCGCGAAGAAACCAUUUGUGCCUUAUCGCAUGGUCAAGAACCGCACAGUGGCAGCUGCAUGUCUUCUCGGGGCAUUGGAUUUCUUCCAUUAUUCAGUGUUCAGUGUCUUCUUCACGAGUUACCUUCAGGUAGCUGGGGACUUUUCACCGGGGCCUGCAACCAGAAUUGAGUACAAAACCCCACCCCAUUUGUCACGAGCUAUCUUUGUUGAUGUGGCCGGCAUAUUCGCCGCUUUCUUCAUGAAAUAUACCAAGCGCUCCCAGAUCUGGGUGUUGAUCGGCGUUCCGCUCUGCGUUCUUGGAAUGGGUGUACUCCUCUACCUGGUGAACAUGGGAGAUGGUCGCAGCGGGAAUGAAGCAUCUUUUGUGGCAGCCAAGUCAUUGAUUGGUACUGGCCGUGGGUUCUACCAAACGGCUGCACAGGUCUCAGUGCAGGCCGUUGUUUCACGGCAGGAUGUUUCCGUUGUUACCGCAGUAUUCUUCGCUUCGAUGAGCGUGGGCGGCGCAAUUGGGACGAGCGUCGCCGGCGCAAUAUGGCGAAACACCCUCCCGGACAAGCUGCAACAAUAUCUUCCUAGCGAAGUGAAGGGUCAAGCCAACUCUAUCUUCGGAUCAAUUGUGGUAGCUCGGAAAUAUGCCAUGGGCACCGAAGCUCGUGACGCCAUCAAUCGCAGCUACCAAGAGUCACAAAGACUACUUGCGAUUGCAGCCCUCGUUUCACUUUCUUUGAUGCUUGUUGUGAUGUUGUUUUUGAAGAACGUGAAGCUGGGUGAAGACGGUAGGACAGAGACAGAAGAGAAAGAUCAAGCUCAUGCGGCUGCAGAGAAGGAAACUGAGAAAAGUCACACCUAA